AUGUCCGGUAUUGAUAUGAACCAUUAUGGGCUCUACCUGGCCUUCAGCGGAAGAUCUGACCAGGCGAAUGUCCAUUGGAUGAUUCUUCUAGCUCAUCCCGGUGCAGAUAGAUGCAUGAGAUUCCAUUGCGAAGGUAGCCCUGCUCUUCGGGAGUAUGUUUCAGAAUCGGAUACUCCAUUCAACGGGCUCAGGGACAGCGCUUACCGAAGAAUCGACAGAAAGGAUCUGAUUUGCCGUAUUCCGAUAGAGGCUUUCGAUGUGGUUGUUAAACAGGCCGAAGCUACACCCCUACAAAGCUCCGCAUUCUGGGUCUUAUAUCUUUUGUUUCGACUUGAGCGAAAGGGACUCGUACCGGAAGGAACAUACACUGAUUGGAUGACCUAUUAUCUAACACAGAACGGGGAUGACAAGGAAAACAUUGAUGCAGAGGAUCAGGGGCCUGGUAACCUUUGGCUUGAAGAGGAGUAA